GAAAAUGGCAAAAUAUUUUGAAAAGGAAAAAAACACAGAAAGUGGCAAAAGCUGGAACAUGUCAAGUGUCAACCAUUUAAAAAUUGGCUUUGACCGCAAAAGGAAAAAACCGAACCUGCAGUUUCGAUUUAGGGUUUAUGAAACGCCCGUCGUCCUAACUAGGGGUUUAACAACGCCGGUAAUCUAGGGUUUGAGCUUCUCUGUGCCACUGCUGUCUUCAUCAAUUCCUACUUCACUUCCUCAUCUCUCUCUACUAUACUCAUCCCCUCUUAUUAUAAGCCAUGAAUUACAGGUUCCAGAACCUUCUCGGAGCUCCUUACAGAGGCGGCAAUGCCGUUGUAGUGAACAAUACACUUCUAAUUUCCCCCGUCGGUAACCGUGUCUCUGUCACUGACCUUGUCAAAUCCGAAACCAUUACGUUGCCCUCACAGUCCUCCACCAAUCUCCGCCGCCUCGCCGCCUCACCUGACGGCGUAUUUCUCCUCGCUAUCGACGAAAGCAACCGUUGCCUCUUCAUCAACCUCCGCCGCCGCGCUGUCCUUCACCGCAUUACAUUCAAGCAUCCCGUUGCGGCUGCUAAGUUUAGCCCCGACGGACAGCUCAUCGCCGUUGCUGCCGGUAAGCUCCUGCAAAUUUGGCGCUCGCCUGGUUUUAGAAAAGAGUUCUUUCCGUUUGAGUUGAUUAGGACAUUCUCCGAUUGUAAUGAUAAAAUCACGUCGCUCGAUUGGAGCCCUGAUUCUGAUUACGUGCUGGCCGGGUCUAAAGACCUAACUGUGAGGCUCUUUUGUUUGAAAAAAUCAGUUAAAUAUAAUAAGCCGUUUCUAUUUUUAGGCCAUAGGGAUGUGAUUAUAGGUGCUUUCUUUGGAACUGAUAAGAAAACUAAUAAGGUUUGUAGAGUUUAUACCGUAUCCCGGGAUGGUGCCAUUUUUAGCUGGGGCUGCAGUGAAAUUGAUGGAAAUGGAAAUUUUGAUGAACCAGUAGAGGUUAUUUCAGAGCCAGAAUCACCAGGUACACCAGACCAAGUGCAAGGGAAUAAUGUAGAAGCUGAUAGUGGUGGAACGGUUAAAAAAAGGAAGAAUUUUGAUGGGAAAGAUGGUGAUACAUUGGAUGUAGAAGAUAGAUUUCAGUUGCACAGACUGAAAUGGGAGUUGAUAAAGAAAGACUUCUUCAUGCAAGCACCAGCAAAGUUAACGGCUUGUGAUUAUCAUAGGGGUCUUGAUAUGAUCGUUGUUGGUUUUUCUAAUGGGGUCUUUGGUUUAUAUCAAAUGCCUGAUUUCGUGUGCAUUCACUUGUUGUCCAUCUCGAGAGAGAAGAUUACCACGGCUGUUUUUAAUGAUCUCGGGAAUUGGUUGACUUUCGGAUGUGCAAGGCUUGGACAGUUGCUUGUAUGGGAGUGGAAAUCAGAGAGUUACAUACUGAAGCACCAGGGGCACUAUUUUGAUGUAAACUGCCUUGCAUAUUCACCAGAUUCUCAGCUCUUGGCCACAGGAGCAGAUGAUAACAAAAUUAAGGUCUGGACUGUUUCAUCGGGUUUCUGCUUUGUAACAUUCUCUGAGCACACAAAUGCAGUUACUGCACUUCAUUUCAUGGCUAGCAACCAUUGUCUAUUAAGUGCCUCUUUGGAUGGGACAGUUCGCGCGUGGGAUCUAUUCAGAUAUAGAAACUUCAGAACUUUUACUACCCCUACAUCUAAGCAAUUUGUUUCUUUAGCUUCUGAUCAGAGUGGUGAAGUGAUAUGUGCUGGAACCCUUGACUCAUUUGAGAUCUUUGUCUGGUCAAUGAAGACGGGCAGAUUGCUAGAUGUUCUUAGCGGUCAUGAGGGUCCUGUUCAUGGGCUAAUGUUUUCUCCUUCUAAUGCUAUUUUGGCAUCCUCGUCAUGGGACAAAACUGUUCGCUUGUGGGACGUUUUUGAAGGAAAAGGAGCAGUUGAAACAUUUCCUCACACUCAUGAUGUCCUCACAGCUGUUUAUCGUCCUGAUGGAAAGCAGCUGGCAUGUAGCACCCUGGAUGGACAUAUUCAUUUCUGGGAUCCAAUUGAGGGUCUGCUGAUGUACACAAUUGAAGGCCGAAGGGAUAUUGCAGGUGGACGUCUCAUGACUGAUCGUAGAUCAGCAGCUAACUCAACUUCUGGAAAGUGCUUCACAACCUUGUGUUAUUCUGCUGAUGGGAGCUAUAUAUUAGCUGGUGGAAAUAGCAAAUACAUUUGUAUGUAUGAUGUUGCUGAUCAGGUGUUGCUGCGUCGCUUCCAGAUAACCCACAAUCUUUCCUUGGAUGGGGUUCUGGACAUUUUGAACUCCAAAAACAUGACAGAGAGUGGUCCGCUCAAUCUAAUUGAUGAUGAUAAUAGUGAUACUGAAGAAGGCAUUGAUAAGCAAGUGAGAAAUAAAUUGGCAUAUGACUUGCCUGGGUCAAUGCCCAACCAUGGAAGACCAGUUAUUCGUACAAAAUGCCUGAGAAUUUCCCCGACUGGCAGGAGUUGGGCAGCUGCAACUACGGAAGGGGUCUUGAUUUAUUCUAUGGAUGAGUCUUUUAUCUUUGACCCCACUGAUCUGGACAUAGAUGUUACUCCAGAAGCCGUUGAUGCAGCACUAAAAGAAAAUCAGACUAGUCGAGCAUUGAUUCUUAGCUUACGUUUAAAUGAAGACGGUUUGAUUAAGAAGUGCAUUAUUGGUGUCGGUCCUGCAGAUAUACCAGCCGUAGCUUCCUCAGUCCCUGUUAAAUAUAUUCAGAGAUUAGUCGAGGCAUUGGCAUAUCUGCUGGAGAACUCCCCGCACUUGGAGUUCAUUCUCAGAUGGUGUCAGGAACUUUGCAAAAUCCAUGGCCAUUCUAUUCAGCAGAAUUCCAGAAACUUGCUUCCUUCUCUAAAAUCGUUGCAGAAGGCAAUUACUAGGUUGCAUCAAGAUUUGGCUGAUACAUGUUCCUCUAAUGAAUAUUUGCUUCGAUAUUUGUGCUCUGCAAGUGAUGCGAAGUGACAGUUCUCUUUGCCUUGUUGGCUCUUUGGAUUAAUAUGGAAAUUCGGUUGUAACAAUUUUAUCAUGCUUCCAAGAGUUAAGCGACAUGAAGUCAACUGGUUCCGUACUAUCGUCUUAUACUGGAGACAGAUUCAUGUACUUGAGACAGUAAUUGGGGCUUGCAAUUCUUCAGCAUUCAUCAGCUAUCGCAAAACCAAGCUUCAGACAGUCAAGAUUACUCAACCGGGAGCAAUUCAUUGGACCGAGCUGGUAAGAGCAUUACUUCUGUCCAUGUCUUAAAAGAUGGUCUGUGUUAUUACCGGCUUGUCGGCAGUAGGCUAAUAUUUACAUGUCAUUUUUGGGCUUGUAUUUUGUAUGUCGAUUUUGGUUUUGGUUUAGAUGUGGAAGUUUUUGUUUUAAGUUUAGGAUGUGGAACGAGUCACUGUAUACUAGAUUAGGAGGCUUCGUGAAAUGCCUAAGUUAAUCCUAAUGUUAUUUAUCCAUUUUCUUUAAUGAACUAAAGCAAUCUCACUUCUUCAAGGCAAAUUACAUCUA